GGGCGGCCGGCGCCUGCCACGUUGCUGCCGGCGGUGGCGGCUCCGCGCGGCCCGGCCGGAAGGGGGAGAGGCUCGGUGAGGGACGGCGGCGCCCGGCCAUGGCCGGAGGCGGCCGCUGAGGGGAGGGGGAGCGGCUGGGCGGCUCGCCCGGGCCCCGCCGGGGGAAGGGAGGAAGGGGCGCGAUGCUGGCCGGCAGCCUGGUGGAGGAGUUCGAGAUCCGCGAGGAUGAGCCCUGGUACGACCAGCAGGACCUGCAGCAAGAUCUUCACCUUGCUGCUGAGCUUGGGAAGACACUACUGGACCGAAACACUGAAUUAGAGGAAUCUUUACAGCAAAUGUAUGCAACAAACCAAGAGCAACUGCAGGAAAUAGAGUAUCUCACAAAGCAAGUGGAGCUCUUACGUCAAAUGAACGAUCAACACGCAAAAGUCUAUGAGCAGCUGGAUGUGACAGCAAGAGAACUAGAAGACACUAAUCAAAAACUAGUUGCGGAGAGCAGAGCUUCACAACAAAAGAUACUAAGCUUGACAGAGACUAUUGAAAAUCUGCAAACGCACAUUGAUGACCUUCAAAGACAAGUAGAAGAACUGAAAAAGUCUGGACGAGGCCGGAUGAGCCAUGAGAGAUCUGACCAGCCAAGAUCAAUGCAUAGUUUCUCGUGUUUGAAGGAGCUGUAUGACCUUCGCCAGUAUUUUGUUUAUGAUCAUGUGUUUGCAGAAAAGAUAACUUCAAUGGAUAGUCAGCUAAGUCCUCUAGAAGAAGAAAAUGAGAACUUAAAAAAGGCAGUUACAGUUCUGCAAGCCCAACUUAACCUAGAAAAAGAGAAGAGGAUGACCAUGGAAGAGGAAUAUAGUCUUGUGGUAAAAGAAAACUGUGACCUUGAACAGAGGCUUGUUGAUAUAGACUUGUAUCGGGCUCGUGCAGAGGAGUUGGAAGUGGAAGUAGCUGAAAUGCGCCAAAUACUUCAGUCUGAAAACACAUUCCAUAAUGCAGAGAAAUUGGUGCCAGAAUCAUUUUUCAUUUCAUUCAAGGAAUCCUUAGAAAGGGAGCUUGGUCAGAGCCCAGCAGAUGAUGGACUUCUGACUGUAUGUGAGCUUGACAAGAAGGCAUUGAAGCGGAGCAGUAGUGAAACUUUCCUAAGUAGCGCUGCAGGGGGAGACAUUCUAAGGGGCCACGAAGAAACGUGUAUUAGGAGAGCUGAAGCUGUGAAGCAGCGAGGAAUCUCUGUGCUUAAUGAAGUUGAUGCUCAGUAUAAUGCUCUGAAAGUGAAGUAUGAGGAACUUUUAAAGAAGUGUCAAAUCGAUGAAGAUUCUUUGAAACACAAGGCUGUACAAACACUGAAGCAGUAUUCCAAAGACCUUAACGUGGGAAAUACCCAGUAUGAUCUUUCAGCUAGCAAUCAAGAAUUCACAAAUGUGGAGCUAAGUGACUCUCCUGCAAAUGCUCCUCCUGAAUAUAAAGCACUCUUCAAGGAGAUCUUUAGCUGUAUCAAAAAAACAAAGGAAGAAAUAGAUGAACACAGAUCUAAGUACAAGUCCCUCUCUUCUCAACCCUAACACUGGACUUUCUGAUGACCCAUUUUCUGUUGAUGACUAAUCUGUUAUUCAAAGAGGGGAAAACCUUUAUACAAAUGUCAAAAGACCCCUUAUACUGUUUCUUUUAGCACUCAAAAUGAAUGUUUUCAAUUGGUUUGUAGACAUGUAGUUAACAGGCUGGUUAGACUAGCAGUCUCCUUGUACCUAUGUAGCAAUAGAUUUAAUGUUGUUUAGCACUGUCACACAAACCAGUGGUUGGAAAGCAAACAAACAUCAUAGCUUAAUACUACACUACUUCAUACUACACAAUGUCUGUCCAGAGUAGUAAUUGACACUAGUUUCCCUAGUCCACUUCAUAUUAACAGAGCUAAGAAAUCUGUUCAGUACUUCUCACAAGGAACCAGGCUAUAAAGCUUUUCUUUGGCUUGCAGGUGAUGAUCUAGCCCUGUAACUAAGCAAAAACAUGUAGAAAAUGAACAAAAACAAAGCCCCUGAUCAUGGGCAGCCUCUCCUUGAGUCUUGAGAAUGAAGCGAACAGUCUAGCUGAAGUUGCUUUGGCAGGGAGGUGGAGAGCGGGCACAGCAGCUUGCGCUGUGCUUGGUUUAAGUUAAUACCACGUUUUCACAUGCACUAAGCUCUCCCACAGGUUGGUAUAAACGUCUUCUUACUAAGAAAGGAUUUGACAAAGUUUGUGUGGCUUCUAGGUAUGGUUUCUUAUGUAGGGAACUUUGUCUUAAGGCAAGAUACUGUGAAUUGAUUAUGUAUGUUAUUUGGGACCUACUGUUCUUUUUUGGUGGAAUGCCUGCAAAGUACAUACAUUUGUGUAUUUGGUAAGAUAGAAAGUUGCAAUUUAGCUAUUUAACUUUAGCAGUAGCAUUGAUAUAGUGGAAUAGCUUUUAAGCCUACAUACCACAAGCUCCCAGUGCUUGAAGGAGACAGGUCAGGUAAAACCUUAUAUGGGUUUGUCUGUUGCUUCCAUUGUCAACUUCUGUGGACCUAUUCCAUGCUGCCUAUGGGGUGGAUGCAACACUGCCAGAACAUAUCCUUCUGAAAACAGGGGCCCAUGUUCUUGUUCUUCCUCUCCUUCUCCACUCCCUAAUAAUAAGUUCAUAGGUUUUCAAAUUCUGGAAAACAAAACAUGAAGAUGUUCUUUAAAACUGCUUUGAAGUGUGAAGAAUGGGGAAAAAAAGCUAAGCAAUUAAGGAGAAAGAGGGCACCAGGAGUGGCGACAUCCUUCUUAUAAAGUGUCUCGUAACUUAAUUUGUUCAACUGUUCUUGGGAACCACCUACUUAUUGCCUUGUCUGAGUUGCUGCAAUACACCAAACAGUUGAAAGCGUGUUGACAAUUUCUGAGCUCUAGUUCAGCUGCUAUUACAGUUCUGUCUGCCUUAUGUACCCUGUUAAGCUUGUGUAUAGCUGUCCUUCAGUUGCAGUAUUAAGACUUCAUAUUGUGGGAAUUUCUCAAAAACAUGUUGCAUUCUUUAAAGUUAUUUAAAAAUGGGAAUCUGAAUGUUGUGAAUAUUUUUCUAAGCAAAUAAAUAAGCCAGUCAAGCUACAUGUGUAACUAGUAAUUCUACCUAUCUGUGCCAAUCAGGAAACUCUGCAGAUGGUACCUGCACUAUCUAGUCUUGCAAUCUUUCCAUGAUAGCUCAGAUAGAGUUCCCAUUACAUUUGCACUAAAAAAAAAAAAAAUUGCACUAAAAGGAAAAGGAUAGGUGUGCCUGGGAUAGAAAGCCAGAGGCAACUAAGUGGUUUCUAUUUGUUUUCUUGUUGUGGUGAUUCUUUUUUUUUUUUUUUUUUCCAGAAAGUGUGUGAGGGGUGGAAGGCAGGAAAGCUGCUCUUCUGCCAUUAGGUUAACUAUAUUGUUACUGUUUCCCUAAUAGUUGGGUCCUCAUCAUCUAGAGACCUUCUGCUGGAAAGGAGUAACCUUAAAAGAGAAAGCUGUAAUGCUGUUAGUCACAAGCCAUUUACUGCUGAUGCUGCUCACCACUUCAGGAGAAGGGGAUCCACACCUGUGAGACCAGCAGUUAUGUAACAGCAACUUGGAAUGUCUGGUUAAAUAGGUGAUCUUUAGUAGUUUAAUGCUGUUUGCUAACAGAGCACAUUCUAUAUACUUUUGCACCCUUUGAAAAUAUUCAAAGUGUUCUUAAAUUUCCAGAGAACUAUUUAAUUCUUCUGUAGUGUAACUUGCCCUUGCCCACCUGUGCCACUGCUAAAGUAUAUCACAGUACAGCCAAAGCUUAACACAUUUAUUCUGUAAUAAACUCCUAGGCUGUGUUCUUUUGUAACUUCACUCAUACUGUGGCUUCCCCAGGGAGAGGCUUUAUAUACACAACUGUAGGUUACUGCUACAGCAACAAGGUCAUACUAGGUAAGUGUCAAGACAUGGAUGCACAAAGGACAAAGGCUGCAAAAGCUGGCUGAACUUCAGUGCUGCCCAGUUACAUUUAAGUAGCUAAUAAACUACACUAGCAUAUGAACUCAGGUAGGGUUUUAACAGUUUAAAAGUGUUUUCCACAGAAGUGUGAAAUGCUGUAAGUAUGCCAAAUGUUACGCUUGGGCCAAUCUUCUCUGGCUUAACUACGUUAAUCGGUUUAUUUUUGUCAACAACUGAGUCUUUUCUGAGCAUAAGUAGAUGAAGCUAAUAGAAUCUACUUGAGCUUCUCAUGUGAUGGAAAUUAUAGCAAACAAAAACCAGUAAAAAGUAACCCUGCUCUAAAACUCCUCCAGUAGGGCAUUCUUUAUCUUACUGCAGUUAGGCUUAAAUGAUAAACCUAGAACGGAAAAAAAACUCAGUUACUGUACCUUGUGCAACAGGCUUUCAUCUUGACAGCCACCUCUAAGCACCCCCUAAAGAACAUGAUGCAAGCAGAAUAAUGUAAAGCAAGUUAAGAGGUAGUUCACUAUCUACUUGUAAGGUCUACUAAAAACGUUCCUGACCUUUCUUUCCUCUGUAAGCCUUUGGGCUCUAAAAGGAGCAGGGAUAGUUUCCAUUUCUUCCUGGACAAACAAGGCAGGGUACAGCAAUAUGCCACAGCUGACCUUCAAGAUAAAAUUUUAUUUUUUAAAAAAUUACACAAAAUAGAAGUUUUACAUUGUUGCCAAGUGUGAUAACUACAGCUGGAUGCCUUCUAUGUGGUGCACUUACCUUGUUGUGUUUGCACAUAAUGCAAAAAAAUCCCUCCAACAAAACCCACAUCAAUGCACAAAAUCCAGUAGUUGUUCCACAUCUGUUUCAAGUGUAAGUUCUUUUGCCAGUUCAUUUCACAUACAACAGGUGAGAACAAUUGCUAUGUAGUACAGUUUAGAGACAGUGAUUUUUGUCACCCACCCCCCGGCCCUGACC